AAUCGAACAUGUUCCGAUAAGUUUUUUUAUAUUCUGCAUUGUAAUUUUUUUUAUUAAAGUAACAAAAAUAAUUGAGACGUAGCGAUGUCUAUGUCAAAGACGACAAAUACGUACAACCGGCAAAAUUGGGAGGAUGCCGAAUUCCCAAUUCUCUGCCAGACGUGCCUGGGCGAUAACCCGUACGUGCGCAUGAUUAAAGAGCGCUUCGGCAAGGAAUGCAAAAUCUGCACGCGGCCAUUCACCAUAUUCCGCUGGUGUCCCGGUGCUCGGAUGCGCUUUAAGAAAACUGAAGUCUGCCAGACGUGUGCCCGCCUAAAGAAUGUGUGCCAAACAUGCCUGUUGGAUCUGGAGUACGGCCUGCCCAUCCAGGUGCGCGACGCGGCACUAAAAGUGGCCGACAAUAUGCCCCAAAGCGAUGUCAACAAGGAGUACUACAUACAGAACAUUGACGCCCAACUCCAGGACGGUGAUGGUACCGAGGCGGCCGGCGCGGUGGGUCGCUCCCUGGCGGCCAACGAAAUGCUGUCCAAAUUGGCGCGCACGGCGCCGUACUAUAAAAGGAACAGGCCGCACAUCUGCUCCUUCUGGGUGAAGGGCGAGUGCAAGCGUGGCGAGGAGUGUCCCUAUCGCCACGACAAGCCCAACGAACCUGACGAUCCGCUGUGCGAGCAAAAUAUCAAGGAUCGCUACUACGGUCGCAACGAUCCGGUGGCCGAGAAGAUAAUGAAACGUGCCGCAUCAUUGCCCACACUGGAGCCGCCCGAGGAUCGCAACAUAACCACACUGUAUGUGGGCAAUUUGCCGGAAGAGAUUACCGAGCCGGAAAUACGUGACCAAUUCUAUCAGUAUGGCGAGAUACGUUCCAUUGCCCUGGUGCCGCGCCAGCAGUGCUCCUUUGUGCAGUACACAAAACGCAGCGCCGCCGAGUUGGCGGCCGAGCGCACAUUCAACAAACUGGUGAUGCACGGCCGGAAGGUCAGCAUCAAGUGGGCGCACUCGCAGGCGAAACAGGGCACCGCCGCAAAGACGGAUCGACGCUUUGAUGUCGCCGGCAUACCGCCGCCCAGCUCCAAGCCCAACGACUACUUUAAUCUGCGCCAGGAGCAAAUCAACGUUAUGCCCGCCGGCAUGAAGCUGCAUCAGCUGCCCUCCAAUCUGGUGCCUGCCUCCGCAUACCAGAUGUACGCUCAACCCACGUACGCAGCGCCCUACAGUGGCCUGGGCGUGGCUGGCAGCAGUGGAGCUGCCUCUGGUUCUAGUUCAACAGCCGCAAGUACCUCCGGUGUGAAUCUCGAUGCCAUUCCACCGCCUCCUGGCCAAAUGCCCUAUCCCAGCCAGGAUGCCAGUCGCAUGGGCGCCCUAAAGAAAUAAUUAUAUUCACUUUUGUUCAAUAUAUCACUACGACAGUUUACUAUGGAAAAGAUAGGAACAAAUUUAAAAAUAAAAAAAAAGUAAAUAAAUCAA